CGGCGGACCGACACGAGACCAUUCACAGCAAAUUGGUUAAAUGUGGACUACGAGCGAUUCUGCUUCUCAGGCAACGAGGACCGAGUAGCAAUGUGUGACGGGCGCACUGCUUGUCUGGAACUACGAGCUGAUUCUCGUCCGCAUCAUUGACGCCUCUCUCUGGUCACUACUGCUUUGCAUGGCUGAUCAGUAUGCGCUUGAAUCAUCCAGCUCGAUGUUGGCGACACGUCCGGCUGAGAUGCGCACAGCAAGUGAGGUUCUAUUCGGUACAGCAGCAGCAUAGCCCUCCGCCGUGGAGACCUGCUUCAGUGCUCGAUGACUGGGUGGAACGUGAGGCCAGGCCGAUCAGUUUACGGCAGCUGACCUUUUUUGGCCGGACAUUGACAGAGGCUCGCUUGAUCAGCUCUGCAAAUUAUGUCCGUACAGAGCUUCCUACAAGGCUUGCCCACCGUCUGCGAGAUAUGCAAAAGCUACCAUACGUCGUCGUGUCCAAUCCGCACAUGUCCCUUGUGUACGAACUAUACUACAAAGCAUUCGAGAGGUUUCGGACGGUCCCGGAAAUCAGGACGCUAGAGGACAAUGACCGAUAUUGCGACAUUCUACGUGAUGCUCUCAAGGAGCACCUGGUCGUGAUACCAAACCUCGCGAUGGGUGUCCUGGAAUGCCAAGAUCUCGUGGAACCGGGUGAAAUGGACCGGUUCAUGAAUACAUUGUUGCGUGCUAGGAUAUCUCGCAGAGUCAUAGCAGAACAACACCUGGCUCUCACAGAAACCUUCAAUUCUCCGUGGCAUUUUCCAGAUUCGAUGGCCCGCACUGAUCUCAACGCUGACUUUGUUGGCGAGGUGUUUUUGAAAUGCAAUGCAAAGGAAGUAGUCGAACGCUGCGGAAAGCUUGCCCAGGAUCUCCUCAGGCAAAGCUCUGGUUUGGACAAGAUACCACAUAUCACUAUUCAAGGCCAUCGCGAGGCGACAUUCCCCUAUAUACUAAGCCAUCUGGAGUAUAUCGUCGGUGAGCUCCUGCGUAACUCGAUACAAGCCGUCAUGGAAAAGUAUCGAGAUUCUCCGGAACUGCCACCGCCUAUAGAAGUGCUGAUCUGCGAGGCACCUCAGCAUGUUAUCCUGCGGAUCUCUGACCAGGGAGGCGGAAUCCCUCGUGAAAUCCUUCCGUAUUUAUGGUCUUUCAGCAAGGGUCCCAGGACUCAAACCCGUCUGAAAAAUCUGGAGCAAGUCCCCACGAUGGCUGCUACGAUGCAAGAAUUGACGGUAUCGACUGAUCGGAAAAUUGCCGACAGAGAGACUUAUCGAGAGAGCUCCUUAGCCUCGCUAAGCUCACGGCCUCCCAAUCUGCGGCUUGGCAUGGGCCUCCCCAUGAGCAGAGUAUAUGCGGAAUAUUGGGCCGGUAACCUUGAACUACACAGCCUAGAAGGCUAUGGAGUCGACGCGUUCCUCCAGAUAUCGAAGCUCGGGAACAAGAACGAACAAGUAACCACGAGAGCUAUGAUCGACGCAGUCUGAUCUUGUCACCCAAAUCAAUAGAUACCUACCGCUUUCUACCAACCGUUUUUUAUAUGGCGCGGUGAUUAGAAUUAAUUUCGGUAUCACAAGAUCUCACUGUCCGCGUGUAGCGUGCCUUCCGCAAAUGAACAAGGCGUACUUGCAGUACAACACACGCUCGA